AUGUCGGUCCGGCAGAGAAGGGGGUCGACGAGCGAGAUUAUCAAGGAUGCCGCAAAGAAUCUGGAGAAACGCGUCGAAAAUGUUCUGACCGUGUUAUGGGAUGAUCUGCCUUCCUGGCAACAAGACAAUCAUUAUAUCCACUCAGGAUAUCGCCCAGCAUCCGAGUCCUUCAAAAAGUCAUUCGCCAGUCUCGGUUACCUCCACAAUGAGUCUGUCAACAUCUACUCCCAUCUGCUGGGGGCAUUGAUCUUCUCAGUGGCUGGAGUCGUCAUCUACGCUGCUGUGAAGCCGAGAUACGAGACAGCAGCAUCCUCGGACAUUCUGGCCUUUGGGUGCUUCUUCCUGGGUGCUGCCCUAUGUCUUGGUAUGUCUGGAACAUAUCAUACAAUUUCGAACCACUCCCCGCUUGUUUCCAAGUUUGGCAAUAAGUUGGACUACGUUGGGAUUGUGCUUUUGAUCACGGGCAGUUUUAUACCGAGUAUCUAUUACGGGUUUUACUGUCAUCCCCACCUGCAAGAGUUUUACUGGACUAUGAUAUCUUCUCUGGGAACUGGCUGCGCUGCAGUAUCAAUAUUCGAGCGCUUCAGGACCCCAGCUUGGCGGCCAUACCGAGCGGGCAUGUUCGUCCUGAUGGGUUUGUCGGCAGUUUUUCCUGUCUUCCACGGAUUGGAGAUGUUUGGCUUCAGGGAGAUGCAGAGCCGAAUUGGUCUUACCUGGUUGGUUCUGCAGGGAGUCUUCUAUAUUAUGGGAGCUGGACUAUACGCUGCUCGCUGGCCCGAACGCUCAUGGCCCGGGUCGUUCGACAUCUGGGGAAGCUCUCACCAGAUUUUCCACGUACUUGUAGUCAUGGCUGCGGCAUCGCAUUUAUAUGGACUGUUAAAGGCGUUCGAUUUUCAUCAUGGAGCUCCUGGCAUCACGUGCUAG